ACCCUUGUUUUAACCCAACACUUUUUAGCCCCCAAAAAUUAAACCCCCUUGUCUGAAAAUGGCAAGCUCUAAGGCUGCCGGAGUUAUGCCCAUGGCUGCUUUCCUCGCCGUCUUCCUCCUCAUAUCCACUGGCACCGUCGCCGCUGCUCUGUCCUAUGAGUCGAUCAUACCACAAGAAUUUGCACUUGGACGAAAAGUUCUUGAAGACAAAUAUGAAGCCAAUGGUAGAAGUGGAUAUAACAGCAAUGAACCCAAAGGCAGAGGUGGAUAUAACAGCUACGAACCCAAUGGUAGAAGUGGAUACAAUAGUAACGAACCCGAUGGUAGAGGUGGAUAUAACAGCAAUGAACCCAAUGGUAGAAGUGGAUACAACAGUCAUGAACCUAACGGUAGAAGUGGCUACAAUGGUUACAAGCCGACGGGAAGGGGAGGCUAUAACUAAACAUUUGUAUAACUCAACCAUGGUUGAGAUGGUUGUUGUACUAAAAACAAUAUAUAAAAAUAAAUAAGACUCAAUAGAGUCAAAACUUUAGAAGUAUUUGUACGAGUUU